AUGCGCACGCCUGAACCUGCCAGCAAGAAGCGCAAGGUCCGCAAGGGAACUCACAGUUGUUGGGAGUGCCGCCGGCGCAAGAUCAAAUGCACCUUUGCGCGCGAGAACGACCUUGUCUGUGUGAACUGCCAGGCCAAAGCCUCAUCCACAUCCUCGCGUCCCCAGGAUGAAGCUCUCGCCCAGCGCCUCAUCCGCCUGGAAGCCAUGAUGGGCAGACUGGCCGACCCACAGUCCAAGGCGAAUGAGUACAAUUAUCCCAGGGACAUGGAGGAUGAUCUUCUCGAGACCUCAGCCGCGCGACAUGCCAACCUGCUGGAGACGCAUGCCCCAACUCCAUCCCAAAGCGCGUCCGGGUCUCCCUACAACCGGCAAUACUCUUCACCUGCUGGGCCUCGGCUGCCAGAAAAGCUCAAGCAGCUAUCUCGAGAUGUGUAUGCUCUCCUUCCCUCGGCAAAGCUGCGCUCUACCUUGGCGUAUAGUUCACCUGGUGCUACGACGGUCUUGUCGGGAUUCCAUGCAGCAAAAUCUCCCAACAUUGAGACCCCAGCGUCUCUAGCCGAUCCUCACUACCCAACGCCGGAUACGCACCCGGUCCUCAUCACCCGGCGGUUACUCCAGUACGCUGUCUGCGUCCAGAAUCUCUCUCCCGUUGUCUUCGCCUCCAUUGCGGCAGACUUUGACGGCAAGCGUCCCUGCCAUGUCCUGGCCAACUGGCUCGGGGCCUCUGAGGACUGGGUCCUCUCCAGUGACCCCCUCAUCGGCAGCAUUGAGGGCAUCGAGUGCCUGGUUCUCAUGACCAUGCUUCAGGGCGACGCGGGCCAGCUCCGAAAGGCUUGGAUGACAUGUCGUCGUGCCCUCAACAUGGCCCAGCUCAUGGGCCUAGACAAAAAGGUCCCGCCCCUGCCACGGUCCCUAUCCAGUCGCCACGCCGACCCAGCCACUCUCUGGUUCAGGAUCCAGUGCGGAGACCGAUAUCACUCACUGAUUCUGGGGUUGCCCUUUGGCUCGCGCAACGAUCCGCCCUUUGAUCCGUCCUCCACGCCGCUGGACAAUCUAGGCAAGUCCUACGCCACCGUCGCGCGCAAAAUCUCGGAACGGAACGAGGUUGUCGACCAACCAGACGCAUACGCCGUCACACAAGCUCUCGACCUGCAGCUCGAAAACACGGCCUGCCUGGUGGAAAACACGUGGUGGUCCAUCCCAGAUAUCUCGGCGGCUUUAAACCGCUCGCCGCUCGACAUGCUCUCCGAGUGCUCCGCCAUCCGUCUACAAGUACGACACUACACACUUCUCAUCCUCCUCCACCUACCGUACCUGAUGAAGGGCGGCGACCGGUACAGCUUCAACCGCCUAACCUGCAUGCGCGCCAGCCGCGCGGUCCUCGAGCGAUUCCUCGCCUUUCGAAAAGACUACAUCGUCUACGUCGCGGGUCGCCACAUUGACUAUUCCGCCCUUAUAGCCGCCAUGACACUCAUGCUCGGUCACCUAGGGCAGGUCGAUCCACAGCGCGAAGACGACCGCAGCCUCGUCGAAGCGGCUCACGAAAGACUUCUGGCAAUGGGCCAGCACAAGACCGACAAGCUCUCCAGCGAGAGCGCCGAGACCAUCCGAGCCAUGCUGCCCAUAGUAUCUGGACAGGGUCUCGACUCAGAUGUCCAUUUGUCCAUCCCCUUUCUCGGCACCGUGAACAUCAACUCCAAGCCUGCUCAGCCCGUCGACGCGCCGUCGGAUGUUCUCCCAACGCCUGGUAGCACGCUGAAUGGCGUGGGCCCGGCUGAUUUUGCACCAUUCCUGAGCUUUGACUUUAACGACUUUACGUUCCAAGGGAGCGACAUUGUUGCCGGGGACGUGGCAAAUGGUAUACAGGCCUUCAACGGGGACAAGUACGAUGUGCCGGGAGGAUGGAUGGACUUUCCGUCUGGAGCGAAUGACUGGGCGUUCCAGGGCGUCGACACGACGUACUGGACCAUGCUAAAUCAGAGCUUUAACGAGCAACACAUGAGUCGUGACGAUGCAAUGAAUGAAUGA